AUGUCAAGCAACGCGCUGCUCAUCGAGCGCAUAUCUGCUUUCGUAGCCAAACAUAUGGCUGGCCACGACCCCUCCCACAACGCCCGUCAUGUCUCACGCGUCGUCAGACUCGCCCACACGAUCCUCGAAAAAGAAAAGACCCGCAACCCAUCCAUUACAUAUGACGAAACGGUGGUCACUCUCGCAGCCUGGAUGCACGAUAUAGCUGAUAGGAAAUAUCUUCCCAAACCAGCGGAUGGAGCCUCAAAGACCAUAGUUUCAAACGUCUCCUACUCGACCGAGAUAAAAGACCCGAGUGUCGUUCAGCGUCUGAUCAGUCCUGAAGGCGGGUAUCCCGAACUCGCCAUCGUGCAGGAUGCAGACCGUCUAGACGCAAUUGGCGCAGUGGGAAUAGCACGGUGUUUCACCUUUCUUGGAGCCAGAUCUAAAAGUGCCGGCAAGGAAGGUGACAAAGAGCCUGACUUGGACGAUGCGAUUGAGCAUUUUAACGAGAAGUUGGUGAAGUUAGAAGGGAUGAUGAAAACAGUUACUGGACGGGAGAUGGCGAGGGAGCGGGCAUUUAGGAUCGAGGAGUUUCAGCGCUGGUGGGCUGACGAGACAAGCGGGGUUUGA